GUCGCCAACUUGUUGAGCCCAUGCAAACACAGUAGUCCCCAUCCAUAAAGCAACUUUAUUGGUUUUAGCAUCUAGGUAAAGCACAUUUUCUUUUGAAUGUUCUUGUUCAAACUAAGGUGUCUACUCUAUGAUGUCCCUAUAAAUACUCUAGCAUGGGAGCUUAAGUUCCAACAACCUCAAGCUUUGAACUCUUUUCUCUCUUUCCCACUUCACCUUCUCAAAGUCCAACGUCCCACUACCAUUGGAUCAAAUGCAGUCUGAAUUCGAUCGGAUGGUCUUUAAACUUUAAGUGAAAUCGACAGGUAACCAAGGGACUUCCCUAAAGUAAACGUUUUCUUUGUCCCUUGUUAAUUACUGUCUUCACAACAGAGCUUUGCACAUAUAUAUUAAGCAAACAUUGUCAACCGGGGUUCAACAUGGACAAGGUGAUGAGAUUGGCCUCAGAGAAAGGGGUAGUGCUAUUUAGCAAGAGCUCAUGUUGCCUGUGUUAUGUAGUCAAAAAUCUAUUUCAAGAUCAGCUUGGGGUGACCCCUACGAUUUAUGAGAUCGACCAAGACCCCGACGGCAGGGAAAUGGAGAAAGCACUCAUGAGGUUGGGGUGUAACGCGCCUGUUCCAGCUGUUUUCAUUGGUGGAAAGCUGGUAGGCUCCACCAAUGAAGUCAUGUCCCUCCAUCUAGGUGGAGGGCUGAUACCUUUGCUGAAGCCUUAUCAGGCUUUACGUUGAAUUAAGUACUUCAAUAUCACACUGAAAGAAUAAAAUUGGCUCAAAUCAGUAGUCCCUAGUGAGCUGUGUGUUGUGUAGUCUGUGUAGCUUUCUAUGUCUCGUGCUCCGUAGCUAUGGAUUAGUUUCCAGCAUGCAAUCUGUUUCUAUUUCUUAAUGAAGUUAACUUUAUAUACUUUUUCUGCUUUUGAGCUUUCAGCAGAAUUUGAAUGAUUGCUGUAUGUUAUUCGGAUGCUUUGCAUACGUCAAGAAAUAUACUUUCUGCAAUAGUUUCGUUCAUUCAUUAAUCAACUGUGAAGCCAUUUGUAUAAUGUACAAAUGUAAAUAUAUAUGAACAUGAACAAACUUCUCAUUUUUGCACCAUCUGUAUAAAUUACAUCAUUUGUGAGCGUAUG